AUGGCCUCAACGAAUGCGUCUUCCGCCGACCAUCUUUGCGUGCUCGUCCACGGGCUAUGGGGGAAUCCAAUGCAUCUCGACUACGUGGCUGCAUCGCUGAGGGAAAGAUACGGUGAUCGUUUGCAUAUUCUUGCUGCUGAGCGGAAUGCCGGAAACUUUACCUACGACGGUAUCGAGCUGGGUGGUGAGCGAUUAGCGCACGAGGUCGAGGAUACAUUGGAGGCGCUGGCAGGACAAGGACAUACGAUCAAGAAGCUGAGUGUCGUGGGUUAUUCGCUGGGAGGUUUGGUGGCCCGAUAUGCGUUAGGACUGCUCCAUGCACGCGGAUGGCUGGAUAAGCUGGAACCUGUCAAUUUCACGACGUUCGUGACGCCGCACGUCGGCGUGCGCACUCCGUUGAAGGGCAUACAGAACCAUAUCUGGAAUGUGCUGGGGGCGCGCACUGUCUCUAUGUCUGGAAGACAGCUGUUUAUGAUCGAUUCGUUCCGGGAGACGGGUAAGCCCUUGCUCAGCAUUCUGGCUGACCCUGAGAGUAUCUUCAUCAAAGCGCUCGCGAGAUUCAAGCAUCGCUCUGUCUACGCAAAUAUCGUCAAUGACCGGUCUGCUGUAUUCUACACGACGGGAAUCUCCAAGUUCGACCCGUUCCCUGACGUGGAGACUACCAAUUUCAACUACGCCAAAGGCUAUGAGCCGGUCGUCGUUGAUUCAAACGUAUACACCCUUCCUCUGGAGGUCAAAGAACCGAACCCUCUUGAUUCCCACGCAUGGCGCAAAAUGAUGAGAAUCAUCGCCAACCUCCCAUUCUGGUUUUUCCUUCUCUUCUUUGUCCCCGUAGGCUCGUUCAUUUUCCUCCUGAACGCCGUCGUACAAACUGUCCGCAGCCGCCAACGCAUCCGUCUCCAUGAGCAAGGGAAAACAGGAGUCUUCUUCGGAAGCUACCGUGUUCCACUACUAGUUCAGGACGUCCAGAAUGCCGUCGAAGAUGUCUUCGAGAACGUCAAUUCUAGCCAAGACCCUGAAUAUCUCUCCCCAACUAACGAACGGGACAUUGAGCUCCCCAAAGACGAGCGCGCACUCCCACCAUCAUCAUCCCAAGCACCAGAAAUUGUAUACAAUGGACUAAGAUACCCCGUCCUGGCCCUCACAUCCGCCCAAUUCGCCAUCAUCGACUCGCUCAAUGCCGUCGGAUUCCGUAGAUACCCCGUCUACAUCCACAAGCACCGGCACAGCCACGCAGCGAUCAUUGUACGAAUGCCAAAGAAAGGAUUUGAAGAGGGUAGGGUUGUCAUCAAGCAUUGGCUCGACAAUGAGUUUGUGGUCUGA